AUGCUCUCAAGCGUUUCUAAAGUAUCGCGUAUCGGAUUAUCCGUUGCUCGCGCCAGCAGCACUGCGCGCGUGUGGAUUGACAAGAACACCAAGGUAAUCGGUCAGGGUAUCACUGGAAAGAAUGGUACGUUCCACACGCAGCAGGCUAUUGAGUACGGAACCAAGAUGGUCGGUGGAGUAAAUCCCAAGAAGGCUGGUAGCACUCACUUGGGUCUGCCUAUUUUCUCAAGUGUGGAGGAGGCCAAGAAGGCUACGAAUGCUGACGCUACCGUCAUUUACGUGCCUCCUAGCGGCGCUGCUUCCGCAAUUCUGGAGGCUGUUGCUGCUGAGAUCCCUCUGAUCGUGUGCAUCACGGAGGGAAUUCCCCAGCACGACAUGCUCCGCGUGAAGGACAUCAUGAAGAGCCAGUCGAAGUCUCGUCUGAUCGGUCCGAACUGCCCGGGUAUCAUCAAGCCCGGUGAGUGCAAGAUCGGCAUCAUGCCCGGUUACAUCCACAAGAAGGGCAAGAUCGGUGUGGUGUCCCGCUCUGGCACGCUGACGUACGAGGCGGUGGCGCAGACGACGAAGUACGGUCUGGGUCAGUCGACGGUGGUGGGCAUCGGCGGCGAUCCGUUCAACGGUACGAACUUCAUCGACUGUCUGGAGCGCUUCACGAACGAUCCGCAGACGGAGGGCAUCGUGAUGAUCGGCGAGAUCGGCGGCACGGCGGAGGAGGACGCUGCGGAGUGGCUGAAGCAGUACGGAGACCCGUCCAAGCCGGUGGUGGGAUUCAUUGCCGGACGCACGGCGCCGCCGGGUCGCCGCAUGGGGCACGCGGGAGCGAUCAUUUCGGGAGGAAAGGGAACGGCGAAGGCGAAGAUGGAGGCGAUGACUGCGGUGGGAAUCAAGGUGGUGGACACCCCGGCGCAGAUCGGAGAGGCGAUUUAUGGACUGAUGAAGGCGGCAGGAAAGGCCUAAACUAUUUGUAACUACAGUUUCUU